AUGAAGCCUCCGGAUCCUAAAAUUCGGGGAACCACUCUCCUAGCUAAAAUAAAAUCUAAGAAGAAAAUGUCAAAUGACAUUACAGAAAGUUUGGACACUACUGAAGAUCCUGAAGAGUCGAAUGCAGAUUUGACGCAGAACACGGACGGAGAGGAAGUCCAGAAGAGGAGGGUUGGAAGAUCCAAAAGGAAAGUGAAGGCCAUUGACCCCAUCAUGGCAGAAAAAGAAAUCCAGGGCAAAAUUGGACAGGCUCCAGAAGCCAUGGAAAAAGAGGUACUGUUCAAUAUGACUGCCUCGGAUCUAAGUGCCCAGGCCCUAGAUUACAUACUACAUAUUGAGACUAUCAGGACUAAGUGUGGCCGCAUGCAGGGAGGCUUAAGCGGAAAAUUAAAGAAUAGAUUGUCUUGCCUCCAAGAUCUAGUAAGAGCUCUUCAAAAUAAGGCAGAAUCAACGGGAGAUCCUAAAUAUUUAAGAGCUAAAAUAUCGCAGCUAAAUGAGGAGCUUGAAAAAGAAAGGAAAUAUAACAAAAAGGAAGAAGCAAAGCGCAAAAAAAAAAAAAAAAAAAAAAAAAAAAAAAAGGAAUUCGCAGAAUUACAAGAAGUAGUCAAAGAGCUUCGAAAGGAAAAUAAAAGCAUAAAGGAAGAAAUGCAAAAGAUUAGACAAAGCCUAGAGAAAGAAAAUAAAGAGAAAGAGAACUUACAGGCUAGCUUACAGACUAACUUACAGACUAAUUUACAGGCUAACUUACAGAUUAACUUAAAGACUAGCUUACAGACUAACUUAAAAGCUAGAAAAUACUCACCAAGUAUACCAAGUACAUCAGGUGUACCUAGUACAUCAUACUUACCGGAGAGAAAGUCCCACGAUAAAUCGUCCUCUGGAGAGUGGUCACCAUUAGAUCGUCGAGGUGAUAGUAAUUUCCACUGGAAUCUGCGGAGCAAACUUGCACCGGCAAGACUACAGGAGAAGGACUCCUGGCCAGUCGAUGGUGAACCGUGGCCUACCUUUUCUUUUAAAGGAAAUUCCCACGAUGAGUCUCAAACGGAAGUGAAGAAGAGGAAGUUGGAUGAAGAGACUUGGCCAUCACUUCCUCAAAGAAAGCCAACAUCACUCCCGACAAAGGGAAUAAAAGUCAUCGAAAAUAUACAGUUAGUUUCCCCAAGGUCGGAACAGAAGGUGAAUCAUCCAAAGGAAGAAUGGACAGAGAUAGGAAAGAGAGGUAAGAUUAAGAAAGGACAGAGAAAAGAAAAAGAAAAAGUAGAAGAAAAGAAUAAUCAGCCACACAAGAUUGAUAACAAAGGAGGACAGCAAAGAAUAGACUUUAAAAAGGAAAGGAAGAAGCUGCCCAGAACAGCAGCUAUUAGCAUAAAAGGAAAAAGUACUGGAUUCUCCUACGCCGAGGCCUUGAGGAAAGUUCGUUCAGGGGUCUCCCUACAAGCGUUGGAAAUUCAAACCCCCAAGGUCAGAAAAGGCAUGAACGGAGCCACUAUAAUUGAAAUUUCUGGCGAAGGGAAUGCUAACAAGGCAGAUAAGUUAGCACUCGAGAGAUUAGUAAGCUCCUGUCUGAUGAAGCGGUAG